AUGAAUGGAGCGCGAGGGCCCAGGCACUUAGACCACCGCGAGCGGGUUCUCAAGUUAGGGGACACUUUCGAGAAGCAGCCGCGUUGCGCCUUCCACACUCUGCGCUAUGAUUUCAAGCCUGCCUCUAUUGACACUUCCUGUGAAGGAGACCUUGAAGUUGGAAAAGGUGAACAAGUAACAAUAACUCUGCCAAAUAUCGAAGGUUCAACUACACCAGUAACUGUUUUCAAAGGUUCGAAGAAACCUUAUUUAAAGGAAUGUGUUUUGAUUAUUAACCAUGAUACUGGAGAAUGUCGACUAGAAAAACUCAGCAGCAACAUCACUGUAAAAAAAACAAGAGUUGAAGGAAGCAGUAAAGUUCAUUAUCGUAAAGAACAACAGCAGCAACAUAUGUGGAAUUCAUCUCCGACUCCUAAUUUUGUAAAGCAUUCUCCAUCUGAAGACAAGAUGUACCCAACAUCUCUGAUGGAUGAUAUCGAAAGAGAAUUGAAGGCAGAAGCUAACCAAAUGGACCAGAUGAGUAGUUGUGAUAGCUCAUCAGAUUCUAAAAGUUCAUCAUCUUCAAGCAGUGAAGAUAGUUCCAGUGACACAGAUGAAGAUAGUCGAUCCUCUUCUGAUACAGGGAAUUGUAUCACAGGAUAUCCUACUUUGUCUACUGUACCACACCUCAGGACUCCUGAUAUAGAUGCUAGUCAUUAUAAAUAUGAGAGCAGUGACCUCCUAAUGAAUACUUUAAGAAAUGAUUUGCAACUGAGUGAAUCAGGAAGUGACAGUGAUAACUAA